AUGAGAUUUUUUGCCGCUUCCGUACUCGCCGCAACCGUGGUCGCCACAGACCACGGGCCAACGUAUGGAGGCUCUGGUCCCUUCAAGUCGUAUUCGUUCGAAGUCGAAACACUCCCCAAUCACACAUUCUACCAGCCAUUGGAGUCUGGGGUCGGCUCUGCUCUCAAGUUGCCGGUAAUUGUUUGGGGUAAUGGGAUAUCAGUCGGCAUGGCAUUCCGAGGCUUGCUCGGUGAAGUCGCCUCUCAUGGUGCGCUGGUGAUAGCCACUGGAUCAGCUUAUAUUGACCCGCAAACUUAUGCGGCGGCCCCGAAUGACACCCCCCCUGCAGCUAACUCAUCUGGAACUCUUGCCGGAGAGAACCCUGCGGCUAUGACAGCUGCCAUAGAUUGGGUGCAGGCAAACGCCGGGAAGGGAGAAUGGACUCAUGUUGAUGCCACCCGUAUCGGCACCUGGGGCCAGAGCUGCGGCGGGCUUGAGGCCUACGCCUCCGGCAUGAAUGACUCUCGUGUCAACCACCUUGGCAUUUUCAACAGCGGCCAGCUAACCGAAGAAGCAAGCCAGGAGGUCGCGGGGAGCAUCUCGAAACCUGUUUUCUACCUUCUUGGUGGACCCACCGAUGUUGCAUACUUGAUUGGCUUACCACUACGGCAGGGCGCAAGAGACUACGCGGAUCUCCCUGCGACCACUCCCUCUUGGAAGGGAAACCACGCCUUGGGCCACAGCGCCGCGUUUGAUCAGCCCAACGGCGGAAUUCCGGGCAUUGUUGGGAGCCAGAUUAUGCAAUGGGUUCUCCGCGGAAAUCAAUCGGCAAAGGCAUGGCUUACUGACGGCAGUCCAAUGACUGUCGGGGUCAACGAUGUAACUUUCAAGAAUUUGGACUCGAUCGUCACUACACCUAUCUAG